AUGCUGACAGUGAAUGGCUCAGUCUCCAUGCCUCCUGUGCUGAUGCUCGUUGGAAUUCCCGGCCUGGAGCCUGUGCAGUGCUGGAUUGGGAUUCCAUUCUGUGUCAUGUAUGUCAUUGCUGUGAUUGGGAAUUCCCUCCUUUUAUUUAUCAUCAAAACUGAAAAGAGCCUCCAUAUUCCCAUGUACAUUUUUUUGGCCAUGUUGGCAGCCACAGACAUUGGACUAAGCACCUGCAUUCUUCCCAAGAUGCUAGGCAUCUUCUGGUUUCAUUCACCAGGCAUUUUUUAUGAUGCCUGCCUGUUGCAAAUGUGGCUUAUUCAUUCAUUCCAAGCAACAGAGUCAGGCAUCCUGCUGGCCAUGGCCCUGGACCGCUAUGUGGCCAUCUGUAAUCCACUGAGACACGCUACUAUCUUCUCCCAGCAGCUCUUGACUAAUCUGGGAGUUGGGGUGACACUCAGGGCUGCCAUUCUUAUAAUACCAGUCCCACUGCUCAUCAAAUGUCGCUUUAAACACUACCGAACAACAGUGAUCUCCCAUUCUUACUGUGAACACAUGGCCAUUGUGAAACUGGCAGCCGAAGAUGUGAGAGUCAACAAGAUCUACGGUCUGUUUGUUGCCUUCACCAUCUUGGGCUUUGACAUCAUCUUUAUUACCUUGUCCUAUGUCCAAAUCUUCAUCACGGUCUUCCAGUUGCCCCAGAAGGAGGCCCGACUCAAGGCCUUCAAUACGUGCAUUGCUCACAUCUGCGUCUUCCUGCAGUUCUACCUCCUGGCCUUCUUCUCCUUCUUCACACACAGGUUUGGCUCUCAUAUACCACCGUAUGUCCACAUCCUCCUGUCCUGUCUUUAUCUGUCAGUCCCACCCUUCCUCAACCCAAUUGUCUAUGGGGUAAAGACUAAACAAAUCCGUAACCAAGUAUUCAAAUUGUUUUUCACAAAAAAAGAUUCUUGA